UACCUAGAAUAUUUGUGGAAUCUAAAACUAUCCUAAUUGAAUACCAUGAAUAUUUAAUGAUUCAUUAUAAAUCCUAAUGCCCAGGAGUUUAGGAGUUUUUAGGAUUUUUAAAUAUGUAUUUAAAUCCUAAUCCAAUACAUCCCUGUAAAAAAGAAAGAUAGAAACCUAACCUGCCCGAGAGUGAAGAUGGACACGAAAACUGAGAAAAUUGAGAUUAAAGUAUCAGAAGAUCGGGAAGAGGAAAGUCAAGUGAAAACAAGUAAGUUUAAACAAUUCGAUACGAUUGAUGAUGAUGAUGAAGAGAAAACCCAAAAAUCAAUUAAGGAGCACCACUAUUUUGUUAAUCAGUACCCAAUGGAUUCAGAACUUAAGACAAGAAUACGGCGAGAAUGGGAGAUUUUGAAACAAGGAUUACCUGAUUCGAUAUAUGUCAAGGUUUACAAACAAAGAAGAUUUGAUCUCUUGAAAGCUAUUAUUGUCGGACCAAAAGGUACCCCUUAUCACGACGGUUUAUUCUUUUUCGAUAUUCAAUUUCCCUGUGAUUACCCUAAUUCACCUCCCAAACUUCAUUAUUGUUCUUUUGGUUAUGUAUUGAUGGAUGAGAGAAUUCUACCUCUAAAUAAAUGGUGGAAUACUGAAGAGUCCAAUGUUUUGCAACUCUUACUAGCAAUUCAUCACAACUUAGUUUCUUAUGAGCCGCCGGUUACACUGAAUGUUCCAAAAAUUUAUACAUUACCUGUUACUAACAGUGCGGAAGAAAAACUGAAGCAUAUAGCUUCGUUUCAUAAAACAUGCAUUUUUGCGUUCAAUUGUAAGACGAUGCUGUUGCUUCUUCAUAAACCACCAAAGUAUUUUGAAGAAUUUGUUGCUGAGCAUUUUUGUGAUAGAGCUGAAACUAUUUUAGUUGCUGGUAAAGCUUAUGAAAGGGGCUGGUUUGAAAUUGACCAUCAUGCUACAACCACUAUCCCUGCUAUAGCCAGGGGUACAACCACCACCACCACUAGAUAUGCUACUUGGAUUGGUUAUUUUGAUUUCAUGGGGGAAGAAUAUCCAAGUCUGGUAAGGGCGUUUAUAAAGAAUGGGUCACCUAUUGGAUCAUAUGCCUUGUUAUGUUGUUUGGACUAGUAGUCGGACUUUUAAUUUCUUUAGUUGUUAAAAAGUUGCAUCUUCACGUUGUGCCGUCAACAGGUUAAGUUAUUCGCUUUUGCUCUCUUUUCGUUCGCCUUUCAAUACCUUGAACCGAUAUAUGUUAAAAUUAAAUAAAGACAUAUUUAUGACAGUUUUUAGUUGAAUCAUUAUGUAUGGCAUAAAUUACUAUGAGCAAAAUUCAUGUUUACAUAUUAACCAUUGUUAUGGAAAAGAUUUAUGAAAUGUUGAAGUAAUUCCUGGAACA